AUGGCGUCGAACAUUACACAGGAGCGGUACGAACAGCUGAAGAAGGAGCGUACCUUCCACAAAUUCACGUACCGUGGCCACGAAAUCGACCCACUACUUGCGCUCACUGAGGAGGAGUUCAAGGCACUUGUGCAUGCUCGCGCCCGUAGACGCAUGAACCGCCACGCGGACCGUCGCGCCCCUGUGCUUUUGAAGCGCCUGCGUGAGGCGAAGAAGAACGUGAAGGCCGGUGAGAAACCGAAAGCUGUGAAGACACACCUUCGUGAUGUUGUGAUCACGCCUGAGAUGGUGGGUUCUGUUGUGGGAAUCUACAAUGGUCGCCAGUUUAAUGCGGUGGAGAUCAAGGGUGAGAUGAUUGGCCAUUAUCUUGGAGAGUUCUCGCUGACGUACAAACCUGUCGCUCACGGCCGCCCCGGUUUUGGUGCGACUCACUCUUCUCGUUUCAUUCCCCUCAAGUAG